CAUGCCAACCUGUCUGCCGAUCGAAGUCAAGGCGACCACCAUAUUGUACCGGUACGGCAUGUAGCUAGCAACACCUAAUCAUGCCCAAACAAAAUCUUCGUUAUCCUGCUUCUUCGAAAGAGACUGGUGCUGCAAACAGGCAAAGAAGCCUGAAGGUCCCCCUUUUUGUACUCGCUUGUCUUUUGGUUACUUUGGACAUUUUCCGACAAUCCCUGCGGCAAGGACACCUCCCCACGUAUCAUUAUCCAACAGCAACGGCCACAGCUCGAACACCCCGACUGGGAGAUGACUGUCUGCUCGUCUUUCUCGAUGUCGGUGCCAACAUUGGUAUCCACAGUCGCUUUUUGUUCGAACCGCAACACUACCCAACCGCCGUGCAAGCCCACAGCGUCUUUGAUCACGUGUUUGGACGGCAGCGCGACAAUCGUGAUAUUUGUGCCUUUGCGUUCGAACCCAAUCCCCGCCAUCGAUCGCGCCACCAACAAUUGCAGCAGGCAUAUGAAGACAGGGGAUGGAGGUAUCAUGUGAUUGAAGCGGGCGUCAGUGAUGAUCAAGGCAGCAACAUGACGUUCUAUCACAAAACCAACGAUCGCGACAAGGAAGAAUGGGCAUUCAGUAUGGUACGAGAAAAACCAGAAGAAACACCCGAAGUGGUACCCGUGAUUCAUUUGACCGAAUGGAUUCGGCAUCACAUUGUCGAACGACGGUUGCCAAGUCGAAUUUGUGGUCAAUAUAAUAACCAGCAGCAAUCCACCAGAGGCAGCGUCGUCAUGAAACUUGAUAUUGAAGGCAACGAGUUUGUGGUGUUGCCCAAUCUAUUCGCCAGUGGGAUCUUUUGUCGACAUUUGGAUGUUGUGUUUGGAGAAUUCCAUCCGGGCACGGCCCAUCUCUUUAACCGGCCUGGAAGCGACGUUGUCAACGACAAUCAUCAAGGGCAGAUCCAAAUUGGAAAUGGGAGGGAUGCCAUGCUUUGGUUUCGGGGACUGGAAAAGAUAAUGCGAAGCAUUCACCCAAAGGACUGCCUGGGGAGAUGGCUGAAUUUUGAUGAGGAGAGUUAUCUACACGACGGAGUGCCACUACCGGUGGGAAACAUAAAGCAGGAGGAGCCAAUCUGCGCGGGAGCUUGAGAGUUUUGUGGGAACAACCAACAACAAAAUGGGGAAAUAAACAGGGGCUCGUGCUUCCUACUAAAUACAUACAUCCACGCAUGACCAAACCAGAGGACACGCACGACCUUUGUUGACCCGCUGAAGCGACAUACGUGCAGUGACGACAAAGUAGCAUAUCACAAUGACACAAAAAUCGCUGGACCGCGGGUUGCUUGACAAAGGCAAAGAUAUCGCUGUUCUUGCUGGUGAAGGAGAGAAAGGGAGUGUGUGAGGGGUAUCACUAUGGCUUCGUAUGCAUGAUGAGGAGUUUCUCUCCAACGGUACUGGUUCCGGUAGGUUACGCUACGGUACCGUACCUUGGUAGUACACUGUACCCUGCGCACCCCUUCUACUCUUUGAACCUCUGGCUCCUUCCAAGUCUUCAUUUUGUGCCUACCG